AUCAAGAAUGGAGAGGCUCCAGGGGCUGUUGCUAUGGCUGCUGCUGAGCCCCAGUGUGGUGUGGGCUUCCAGGGCCCCCCUACGGCCACUGUGCCGGCCUGUCAACGCAACCCUGGCUGCAGAGAAUGAAGUCUGCCCAGUCUGCAUCACCUUCACCACCAGCAUCUGUGCCGGCUACUGUCCUAGUAUGGUCCGAGUAUUGCCGGCUGCCCUGCCUCCUGUGCCCCAGCCCGUGUGCACAUACCGUGAGCUACACUUCGCAUCUGUCCGCCUCCCUGGCUGCCCACCUGGGGUGGACCCCAUGGUCUCCUUCCCUGUGGCCCUCAGCUGCCGUUCUGGACCCUGCCGUCUCAGUAGCUCUGACUGUGGGGGUCCCAGGGCUCAACCAUUGGCCUGUGACCUCCCCCACCUCCCUGGCCUCCUCUUCCUGUGAAGCCCACCCCCUAAAGCCUCUAUCUCAAGGAGCUUGCAGGUGUUCCAACCUUCCCUCCCAAUAAAGGCUUUACAAGU